ACACGCUUAAAUUAGAAGAAUUAAAUAUAGAACAAGAAUUAAUUGUAAAUAAUAAAGAAGAUACACAGAGGAUAGCAGAAUACAGAAUGAAGGACAGCCAGAAACCUUGCCAGCACACCUUGACAGACGACGCAGUGUACAAAGAAGUAGUUGUUAUCGGCAACGGCCCCAGUGGGAUGGUGACGUCAUUCAUGCUAGCCGGUAACGUGCCAUAUCUUAAAGAAGUGCCUGCAGACCUACCUAUUGACGACAUGCUUAGGGCCAGAUUGGAAAAUAUACCGUCCGGUCAGAGCCUUUACGAAGCAGACCUCUCAGAGCUCGCCGAAGGCCUGGAGGGGCGAAGCCAGAACCCCAUUCCACUACUGAUGGACAAUUUGCUAAGGCCGUGCGCAGACCUGGGCAUCCCGGCAGACUCGCUCAUAGAGUGGAAAUAUGACGUAGAAAAACAAAUAGACCACAUAGUCCUAGGCCGGGGCCCGCCCGGGGGCGCGUGGCACACCUUCCCCCCCUCGGUGCUCACCCUCUCCCCCGCGGCGUGGCUCUCGCUCCCACCACACCCGGCAGAGGGAGAGGGGAGACUGCCAGCGCGCGCUGUAGCUAACUACUGCAGGAGAUAUGUUCAGAAGUGUAAACUGCAGCGCUACUUCCGGUCAGGCGUGAUCGUGUCGAGCGUGCGCGCCGCCCCGCGCGCGGGCGCGCCGUGCGCCGGCGCAUGUCCGCACAACGCGCGCUACGUUGUCUCUGGUUACGAUAAGUCUUACGGCCGCCCUUUCCGCAUCCUUUGCAAGCGCGUAGUGGUCGCAUGCGGCGGCAGCGACCGGCCUAACACGCUGGACCCGGCUAUAGCGCCGUACGCGCUGCAUUCACUCGCUGCCCUGCAGAGGGCGCUGCAUUUAGUAUUAUUUCGUUUCCCAGACCCACCGACAGUGCUAGUGGUAGGGUCCGGCGUGAGCGCGGCUGACGCGGUGUGGUUGUCCCUGAAGGCUGGUUGCCGAGUCUGCCACGUGCAUCGAACCCCGGCCCCUGCGCUAGCCAAGCUGGACCCUGAGGCCUACCCCGAUUAUACACAGGUCUACAAAAUGAUGUGCGACGGGCCGUCAGGCAACCACCCGAACUACACCCCCUACCCCCAUCACGUCAUCGCCGAUGCCGCCCCCCUCCAGAAACCCCCCAAAAUGGCCGACGAAGACGACUUCCCCAAAUCCGUCAAACUUCUCGACAUCGUCACAAACGAAAUGAAAGAACUAACCGUCUCAAUCAUUGCUGUGCUUAUCGGCUCAAAACCCGACUUAUUUUUCUUACAAACCAACUUCAAUUUAAACUGUAUCGACUUAAAUAAUUGCGUCAAAUGUACCGACGAAUCCAAGCACGCCGCCAAGCGAAAAAUCGAAGACAACAGAUGCUUUUUCAAAAACCACUGGCAUUAUUUCAAAACUGUCCUCGGACAGAGCAUUCGAAGCUGCAAAUCGAGAUAUUUAAAUUCAGAAAUCAACGGCAACGACACUAAAUGUAUCGUGCCCGAUUGCAACAAACGUGUAGAGUGUAAGUGUGAGGUGGUGCCGUAUUCUGAUCGGUUAGAGAAUAAGAUAAAGUGCCAAUGUUUGCCUGCUAAUCCGUACUCGAGCGGCAUAGGUUUCGGUAUAGAUCCUAAAGUGGGGGUGGAUUGUAGGGGGAAUCCUGUGGCUAUCGAUAAAGGUACACAUGAGAUGUUAUACAGCCCCGGGCUGUAUGCGCUCGGGCCGUUGACAGCGGAUAACUUCGUUCGUUUCAUUCCCGGUGGCGCGCUAGCAGCCGUCGCUCACAUGCAUAAGGAAAGAAAGAAUGAGUGAAUGAUAUACGUUGUGAUGGAGUUUAUACAAUAAAUAUUUUUUUAUACCUGAA